AUGGGCGUCAAGGAAUUCCUCAAAAGCCGUUCGGGCUUGCGUGUUGAUAAUCGGGCGACUACUUCUGCCGCUACUUUAACUCUACGACAGAGUCUGUGGCCCUUGACUCUAGUCACGACCUUGUUCUUCUUAUGGGGUUUUGCGUAUGGUUUGCUGGACACCCUCAACUCGCAUUUCCAGAAAACCCUACAUAUCGACCGAGGCCGCUCAGCUGGUCUUCAAGCAGCCUACUUUGGCGCAUACCCCCUAGCCUCCCUCGGCUACGCAAACUGGAUCCUGCGCAACUACGGCUACAAGACUGUCUUCAUCUUCGGUCUGUGCCUAUACGGCAUUGGAGCCCUGUGCAUGUGGCCCGCAGGGCUAAACCAAUCCUUCGGCGGCUUCUGCGGUGCCACAUUCGUCAUUGGAUCGGGACUGGGGUCUCUUGAGACAGCAGCUAAUCCCUACCUAACCGUCUGCGGUCCGCCCCGCUACUCUGAAAUCAGAAUCAACUUCGCCCAGGCCUUCAACGCCAUCGGCACAGUCGUCGGCCCAGUCCUGGGCUCUUAUGUCUUCUUCUCAGAGACAGAGGACGAUGUAUCAGCCCUACAGCGCGUGCAGUGGGUAUACCUCGCCAUCGGCAUCUUCGUCUUCUUGCUCGCCGGUGUAUUCUUCCUAUCCAAUAUCCCCGAAGUCACGGACGAGGAUAUGGCCUUCCAGGUUGCGCAGACGCAUGUAGAUGAGCAAGAUAAGCCGUUCUGGAAACAGUACAAGCUGUUCCAUGCGACCUUAGCGCAGUUCACGUAUACAGGAGCGCAGGUCGCUAUCGCGGGCUACUUUAUCAACUACGUCAAGGAUACUUGGCCGGGCACGUCGAGUGCCACAGCAGCGAAGUAUCUCGCCGGCGCGCAGGGCGCGUUCGCAGUCGGCCGUUUCCUCGGCUCGGGGAUUAUGAAGUUUGUACGGGCGCGGUGGGUCUUCCUCGUGUAUUUGUCGUGCACGGUAGCUUUCCUUGCUGCGUCGGUGACGCAGACGAAGCAGGUCGGUCUUGCUAUGUUGUUCAUGACGCUCUUCUUUGAGUCCGUUUGCUUCCCGACAAUCAUGGCGCUGGGUAUCCGUGGCCUCGGACGCCAUUAUAAGCGCGGCUCGGGGUUUAUUGUUGGUGGUGUUUGUGGAGGUGCUGUCGUGCCGCCUAUUCUCGGUCAUGUGGCUGAUGUGCGUAAUAAUACGGGGUUCGCGUUUAUUGUUCCGACUAUGUUCAUGGUCGUCGCUUGGACUUACGCUGUUGCUGUGAACUUUGUUCCGUCGUAUACUAACACCGUGGAUAAAAUCGGUGAGAGCGAUGUCGGUCUUGACAGUCCGGACAAUAAAGAUGAGGAGGCUGUUAUGGGCUCUCAUGCUAUUGAUGAGACUGUGGGUGAGAAGCAUCAAGCCGUUCAUGUGGAGCGGUAGGGUUGUUAUUUGCUCUGCUUUCAGUAUCUCCUUUGGGGUAAUGGCUAAUGGUUAAUGGUUAAUGGGCGUUGGGAUUUUGAUUUUGAUUUUGCUUUACUUGC